UAAUAAUAUUAAACUCAAAUGAUUCCAACAAUUAUACAUUUAGUGCAAUUGAUUGUGCACACAUACUUUAUGUAUGUCAAUUUUGACUCAAAAUCAAUCGAAGAAUUCUGGAACUAAAUAAAGUACUUGACAAAUAUCAGCAAUUUGUGCAUGUACUCCUUCCUCAUCCCACAGGUCGUGGAAGACUUCAAAUUCAUCCGUAGAAGAGGAUGGCUUAUCAACAUCCCAAGACAUCACACUUUCACUCACUAUGCAUACUAGUGCAUGAAUCCAAUUAUAUUUAUAGUUAUGACUAUGUUUUGGACAAUGUUUCUGAUUGACCCCAAGUUGAUCUUCGCCAAUAGAGAUGUUAGUUAAAUUGAUAUGGUCCUUAUGUGUUAUGUUCACGGAGGAAACUGGAUUUUAAUGUAACUCAACCAAUUCGAAAAAUAGCCUCAUUUAAAGAUGAGAAUCAAAGGACUUAAUCUACUUUGUCUACGUUGUACUCUACUUUGGAAUUUAUGGCCUUCAUUAUUUGAUAUAUGAAUAACAUGUCUAUGGCUUUCAAGCUUUACUUUCCAAGUUCGAACUUGUCUCCAUGUACGCAAUUUUAUUUGCCACUCUGUUUGGUUUAGAUGUUGUUUACAAUAAAGUGUUAUUCAAACCACGCCAGAACUUUGUGUAAAUCAAAAAUCAUUGACGUUGAUUGACUAAUUAUAAUAUAUCUUAUAAUAUGUAAUAAUCGUUAAUAAAUAAUAAUAUUUGCUUUAA